CUUAUCUUUAUAAAUUCUUAGGAGCAUACAAGUCUUAUUUAUGAUUCUACAUGAUACAUACUACAACAUUGAAGAAACGUCUCAAGUGAUUUUCAUAGGAUGGAGACUAGUUCCCGCCGUAAAGCAUGUGAUACAUGCUUCAAGAAGAAAAUCAAAUGCGACAUGCUGAAGCCGGCCUGUUCAAACUGUUUACUUUAUAAAGUACCAUGUAUUACAACCCCUAUUCGAAGAAGAGCAGCUCCUGUUCAUCCUUCUUCCCCUUCUCUUCCUAUUACUAUCACUGCUACCACUCCUGCCCCCUCUCAUCUCUCUCCCCUCGAAGGGGUAAGUCCGAUGAGCCAUAAUAUGGAUGAAAAUCUUCUCGAAGCCCGUAUUGGACGGAUCGAGGCUAGGUUAGACAGUCUUAGUGAGGCCAACGUCGCCAAACCAUACUCGGCGAUGCCAGCUACUCCAACACGCCAUGGGGAGCAUAGCAUACCACCGCUUAUAGAGAUAUUGCCUGUUAUCGAGGAUUACUUCUAUGAUUUUAACAGUGCUUUGCCGCUAUUUUACCAACAUCAGUUUAUGAAAAUGCUGAGUGAGUUCUACUCCGAACAAGAACAGUCGAAGAGGUCGAGGGCCACUUGGGCUGCCAUAAAUGUGGUUCUGGCUAUUGGAUAUCGCAUACGUGCCUCUAAGGUAGAUGCCGCAGUUGGGUUUGACGAUGGCAAGAUCAGGAAAUAUAUCGAUAAUGCCCAAAAGGAACUUGAUGAGCUUGUCACGAGACAGGAGGACACGCUUGGAAUCGAGGUUGUCCUAGGCCUAGUUAUAAUUUUCCAGAUGAACAUAGACCAAAAGCCGGCAUCAGUCUUAAUCGGAACUGCAGUUCGCCUAGCUCACAGACUACAACUCCAUAUGAAGUCUUCUCUGUCCAAUUUCCCGCCCGAGAUAGCACGCCACAGAAGUAAUAUCUUCUGGCUCUGUUAUACCUUAGAUAAAGAUAUAAGUUUUCUGGCAAGAAUCCCUUCUAUUCAGAAUGAUGAAGAUGUGGACUUGGACCUGCCGGGGACCUGGCCGAGCCAUAACGGCAACCAUCUUGUGAGUAGUGAUGGGUAUUCGCAACUUGAUUACCUUCGCGCCAGAGUUCAACUCGCCUGCAUACAGGGCAAAAUCUAUGACUACUUACUCAGCAAUCGGUCGAUGAAACAGUCGGGAGAGACUCGACAAAGGAGAACUCUACAUCUCUCAAAACUCCUCGAACACUGGUUGCAAAAAAUACCAGCCCCGCUACGAGUUGAGAACAUCAUAGAAACACUGGAAAAGGCACCACUCGCCCACAUGAUAUUUCUGUAUCAGAAGUACCUCAUGUGCUGUACCACGCUCAACGGCCUAUACUCUGUUGGGGCGCCCUGGAUGAAAACUGUCAGCGGGUUUAGCACAAAUCUCUUUCAAAACUCGGGCAAUGAGUCAUCAAUUUCCGUAGAUUCCCAACACUCAGUAUUACCGUGUACUUGGCGUCCAUGUGUAGAUGUGAGUCGUGGGUGUUUGAAAAUACUUAAUAGCGUAUUUUACAGUAGCAGCAAUCCAUGGCUAAGCGGAUGUGCCUUCUUUUCCGCAUUUGUCGUCAUAUUGGCCAAUAUAAUAUACUCUCCCCUUCAUGAGCUAGUGGAAGAAGAUCGGAAGCUCACCACGAAUACUGUUGGACGGGUCCAUAAGCUGCUGGAGAUGACUAAAUCGGACUCGUUCACGAAGCUUCGCGUUAUUCUCGUUGGCCUCGAGAACGCGGCGGAUAGGGUAAUCGAACAGACUCGAGAGUUGGCCGGGACUUACGAGUCUACGCAAUACACUUCUUAUUCUCCAGCACAAUUCGGAGACGGCGCAGACCAAAACUUGGUUUCUCAGUACGAAGAGACUAUUCCAGGGUCUGCAUGGCACCAGGUCUUGGCUCUUGAUGUCUCGGGCAUGGAUCUAAGCGAGUUCGAUUUCGGCGACGUGAUUUCGACGCCGACAUUUAUGCAAGGGUUUACGGACUGAGAAUAAGAGGAGAGAUGGAUUUUAUAAUAUGUGAAUGGCAAAGAGGGAUACCAUGAUUGGGCGGAGGAUAAGGAUAAUAGGGGCACUUCAAGUUCAAUGUGAGUAGGUACAUACAGUGCCUGGAGCCCUGGACUCCGGAGUCCGGAGUAAAGUACCUAGGGUAAGUACAUGUGGGGUCGUGCAUCAAAUAGAUAGAAGUGAAUAGCUAUCAUAUGUAGAUGAUUGGCUCAGGGGGUUGAAUUGGUGAUGUCAUCAAUGCUAGACAAGCAUAGCUCUGACCAUUGGGAAGCUUCGGAUUACAAUUGUUGCCCAU